AUGAAACUCGUCCUCAGCGCUGAUGGCCAGAAACUGCCCUCAGAAAAGAAUCCUUUCUUCGAGUGUCCAGAAUGUGGGAAGGGCUUCAAGGGGCACAGCAGACUCCUGAACCAUCUGCAAAUCCACAGUAGAGACAAAAGGUUUGUGUGUGCAGAAUGUGGGAAGAGCUUUAGCAGGAAGGCCAACCUGGUGGUUCACCACAGAGUCCACACAGGAGAAAGGCCGUACAAGUGCAAGGAAUGUGAGAAAGCCUUCAGCUGUGCCUCCAACCUCGUUACUCACCACAAGACCCAUCUGAAAAAGAAAGCCUUCUCUUGCACCGUGUGCAGAAAAAGCUUCAGUGGCAACAAAGGUCUCCUGCAGCAUCAGAGAGUCCAUACGGGUGAGAAGCCCUACAGGCGUCCCAAGGGUGGGAACAACUUCCCUGUGAGCCCAAACUCCAUCAAACAUCAACAUUUGAGAGAGGGUCCCAGUGCCCACACAGCAGAUGCAAACCAAUCUGAAUUUACAUCUUUGCAUCAUAAAGAAGAGCAAAGCUGUCGUGCAGAGAGAGAUCACUCCAAGCUUGUUUUUGAAGAAUUGAAGAAAGUGAGGGAAAAUAUGGAUAUGCUUCUUCUAAAUCAGCAAAGUCAGCUGCAGGUCCUGAAGGAAAUUCAGAAACAACUGAAUAUCCUCAUCCCUGGCAAUGCCCUGGUGAAUUCCAACGUUUACAGCUUGGGAGUUCUGCUGGGGCAGCAGGCGGCUGCAGCAGCUGCUGUUUCUUGCCCCCUUCUCAAUCCCAGCAGUCUCCUUUGUGAAAAUGCCACUGCCUUAUCCCCUUCAUCUGCCCGUGGAAUUCUGCCUACCACUCAGCUCCCAAGCUCUCAGGAUCUUGCAGCUUCCAGAACUUGCUCAGUGUUGUGCUGUGAACGAGUCCAGUGCCAACACACAUGACUGUUCUGAGCCCUUUUGUCACUGGAACACGUGAUCUCUGUGGUGUUGGAAUUGUUAUACCUGUGCAGGUGCUGACUGUGCACUCAGACUUGCUC